AUGAAUAUUUUUGGAAGAGCAAUUGAUUCAGUUUCUAAAACCUGGAAUUCAAUAAACCCGGCAACUUUAAGUGGUGCAAUAGAUAUUAUUGUUGUUGAACAAGAAAACGGUGAUUUGGCUUGUUCUCCAUUUCAUAUUCGUUUUGGAAAAUUUCAGCUUCUAAGGCCUUCUCAAAAAAAAGUUGAAUUUCGCGUUAACAAUGAAAAGGUUGAUUUUCCUAUGAAAGUUGGAGAUGGUGGCGAAGCUUUUUUUGUUUUUGAGACUGAAGGCAAUGUCCCCUCUCAUCUAAUAACUUCUCCUGUUAUAUCUCCAACUGGCUCCCCGUCGAAUUCUCCUAAAACGUCGCCUUCAUCUUCUCCGUUAGCUCCUGAUCCAGAAUUUUUAGAUUUAUCACGUAGCAGAUCUCGUUCACCUAGUCCUAGCUCCACUUCUGUCCAAAAAUCUGAAAAAAGAACUGAUAGUUUAUUAGGGCGCAAUACUAGUAUUUCACCCGAAAGAGAGACAGAUCCAUAUUCAAUUGCCAGCCAUAGGUUUGCUGACUCUUCACCGGAUCUGUCUAGAUCACGAAGCCCUCCUCUUACACGUGAACAAGCAAUUGAAAGAGCCCAAUAUCUUACAAGAAAGCUUGGUGAUAUUAAUAUUCCUUCAAAGAUUACCGAUAAUGGUGAUGUAGUAAUGGAUAUGACUGGUUAUAAAUCUGGGGAGGCUGAUAUAAAGGAAUCUGAAGAAGUAGUAAAACGAAUACUUGCAGAAGAAUUUGGUGAGAACAAUUUAGAAUCUUUGAUGAAACGUGAUACCGAAGGGCAUCUUCGCAUAUUUGCGCCUAUAGAAGAAAGUAUUUCUGAUCAAUUUGAUGACAAUGACAAUAUAUCUGAAUACAGUGCUCCAUCGUUUAGUGCUAGCAAUGAUAUCAAACCUAUUCAUGCCGCAACUUUUCCUCAAACAAAUAAUGAAGACUAUUCUUCUGAUGACGAAGGAAAAGAAACAGAAAAGUUGCAUGCCAAAACUCUUAGACUAACAUCUGAUCAAUUAAAAUCUUUAAACUUGAACCCAGGUGUAAAUGAUGUGUCCUUUACCGUUAUUCAAAGCAAAGCUCAAUGCACUGCUAGAAUCUUUUACUGGAAAUAUAAUGUACCUAUUGUUAUUUCCGAUAUUGACGGAACUAUAACGAAGUCCGAUGCACUAGGUCACGUUCUUGCUAUGAUAGGACGUGACUGGACCCACCCUGGAGUCGGGAAACUUUUCACAGAUAUCCAAAGUAACGGCUAUCACAUAAUGUAUUUGACUGCGAGAUCAGUUGGUCAGGCAGACUCUACAAAAUACUACUUACAAGGUAUUUCUCAGGAUGGCUACAAGCUUCCCGAUGGUCCUGUGAUAUUAUCUCCAGAUCGGACUAUUGCUGCACUUCGGCGCGAAGUGAUUAUGAAAAAACCAGAGGUUUUUAAGAUGGCUUGUUUACGUGAUAUUAAAAGUUUAUAUGGUGAUUUAAAAGAUGGAACUCCUUUUUAUGCAGGAUUUGGUAAUAGAAUAACUGAUGCAUUAUCAUAUAGAUCUGUUGGUGUUCCCUCAUCUCGAAUUUUCACAAUUAAUCCUAAUGGCGAUGUCCAUAUGGAACUUUUAGAGCUCUCAGGUUAUAAAAGUUCAUACGUAUCAAUUUCAGAUUUGGUGGAUCAUUUUUUCCCGCCAGAUAACAGCCUAAGAGGAGCAGAAACAUAUACAGAUUUAGCUUUUUGGCGUGAACCGGUUCCUGCAUUGAGUGAUUGGGAAAGUGAUGAAAGCUCUGAAGAAGCAAAAUCAAGUGAGGUGCCCCUUAUUUAUAAGCGCAAAUCAUUUCGUGAUGGACCAUUAUCAAAUGGUUCAAUUUCAUCAAGCAUACCGGGCUCUCCGUCAUCGGAAUCAGAAAUCAUUACUAAUAAACAACUUUCGUCAAACAUUACUAGCUUGAAAGGAAACCUAACAAACGAGCCAGUUAGCGACUACAGUGAUGAAUAUGAUUCUUCUGAUGAUUAUGAAGACGAAAGUGAUGAGAGUCCAGUUGAAAAUAACUUUUUGGCUAUGAGUAAUCCUGAAGAGGAAGAGGAAGAAGAAGAGGAAGAAGAAGAGGAAGAAGAAGAAGAGGAAGAAGAAGAAGAGGAAGAAGAAGAGGAAGAAGAAGAGGAAGAAGAAGAGGAAGAAGAAGAUGAAGAAGUAGAGGAAGAAGAAGAGGAAGAAGAAGAGGUGGAAGGAAAAGAAGAAGAGGAAGAAGCUUCUGAUCAGAGUUCUAGAAAUAACGAAACUGAAAAAUCAGAUCAAUUGGAAAAAUCUCCAAUUAAUGGUGAAUUCGGCUCCAAAUCGGAAAGGAUUUUACAAAAUGAAACGACAAAUAUAAGCCUCAAGUAA